AUGUCAUUAGUCACAUCAUUCGAUAUUCGAAAGUUCUCAAAGCUCGUGCUCUGGGACACCCCCCCACCAGAUGAUAUCGAUGCUAGUCAAAUGGCGGUUAAUUCAUGGUUCCAUUAUCCACAAAGGUCAGCCUUAUCUGUCACAUUUAUCCAGGCGAAGGAUUACGUUACCAUGUUUGUGUACCAUCGUGGUAGUAGGUUAGAGAGAGUGAAACUUGAGCUUGGUGAUGCCAAUUGUUGUUUUGUUGAGAGAUAUCCAUCAGUUGGAUUCAAACAAACAAGAGACUCAGGAAGAGUGAUUAAGCGUUUUCAAGUUGGAUUUGCCAAAGCUUCUGAAUUCAAGGGCUGUGUUGAACAGAUAAAGAAGCUAGGCCUUAAUAUCAGAAGACUUGGAGAAGGAAGGGUCAGCCUUAUUGGGACUACGUACCUAAGUUCUCAAAUGGAUUACCCAGUUGAUGAAGACUUUGCCAACAGUACAUGGAAUUUGGAGUCACAGGAAAGCUCCAUCACGUCUCAGGAUUUCCAGGCUUCAAUGGGGACCCAAGAGUCUCAUCAGGUCUCGAUGAUUCCUACUUGGAAUGGAAGACAGGUUUCGCAGGUUGACUCUCAAAGAGACCCAAGGGGGUCAGUGAUUCCAACUUGGAAGGGAACAGAGUACAACCAUCUGAAGGUCCACAAUUCUCAAAGAAGACCCUUAAUGACCCAGAAAUCCCAAAUAAGAGCUUCAGUUACCCAGGAAUCGCAAAGGAGAGCUUCGAUGGUUCCUACCUGGGAUAAUUCUAAUCCUCACAGAAGAGUCUCUAUGUUGAAUGAAACCCAGACAAAAGCUAGUGAGAUCUCGGCUAUGGAAUUCCACACCCAAACAGAAACCCAGUCAAACGACCUGAUGUUCAGCUCUUUUGGAAAGGUCUCACAGACCAGCGCUGAGGGUUGCUCUCAGCCCACUAAAUCAAAAGGGCACAGAGAAUCGGGAAUGUUUUACAAUGUAUAUCCAAGCCAAAUUGCUCCAGACAACCAAGUUCUUUUGACUCCUGAGUGUCUGUUUGUCGAUACCGUUGAUAUUAGUGGUUUGAAAUCAGGGAUGUAUAGCUCCAUACCACUUGAAACGAUAAAGCACACGGAACAGAAUUCGUCCAAUUACUUGAAUAUGUUGUCCGCUGAUGACGAAAACUUGAAAACCCUAAUUGCAGAGCUCUUGAGAAAUGAAACUUUUAUGGAUUUCGUCAAACGUAUGGAUAAAGUGAUGUCCAAUGAAUGAAAUAGACGUCGCCUACUUCUAUAAUCUAUAAAUGUGUAUGAAACUUAUUUUGUUUUACCCAAAAUAGGAUUGCGGUACUUGCACCCAUUUCUUUAUAGUGAGACCAUCAUCCAAUUCUAGAGUUUCUGAAACCAACUUGUACCUACCGAUCCAUGGCAUCAAUUUAAACAUCACCAACCAAUACAACACGUAUAAGAAGAUCAAAGUAAUCGACACCAAAGGAUACGAAAUCCAAGACUCUGUUCCCUUGGGGUUGGGAUUACCACCACAGAAUGGAGAAACCAAAACAUAUGCCAUUAUAAUAACAACCAAACCAGCACCAAUAACACUUGCUCUAAUAGGAGCUUUUGUUUCAGGAUACCGUCUUCUCAAGAUUAUAAGCCCCAAGGCUGUGAAUAAAGUGUACAACUGUACUGGGUAACCUUCAAUGGAAACAAUAUAGCCAUAAACUCCACCAGAAGGAGCCAACACCAAGAUAGUCACUGAGAGAAAUAAGCAUAAACAUAUACUUCUCAAGGGAGUACCAAAAGGUUUAUUGGAAGCCAUGAACACUGAAAAUGGUAAUACCCCUUCCCUGAACACUUCUUGACUCAUUCUGCUAACCGAGUAGAUGACCACAAAAAUAUUGCUGGCGGUACACAUGGCCACUGAGAAGGUCAAAAAUCGUUUCCCAAAGUGGACUCCAUAUACCUUUUCAAAUAAUACAGAUCCCAGCAAAUUACCACUUUCUGCAAACUCGGUGGGUGUGAGGACAGAUACGUAGCAGACAUUAAUUGCCGUAUAUCCAAGAAGAAUAAGCAACAUCGACAAGGGACCUGCAAUCUUAUAAGUUCUCACCGGGUCUUUCACUUCAUUGGAGCUUAUAUGGCCCAUAUUCCAGCCUGCCAACGUGAAACUACUAACAAUAAUAGCAUUUGAAAACGACGCAAUUGUCACCGGUUUUUCGGCCUGGUGGAACCUUUCCCAGGUAAGAGUGUUUUCCACUCCCGUCAUGCUGGUUGGGAAACCUAUCACCCAGAUUCCUGUCAAAAGAAGCACCACCAAAAGGCCAAUUUUCAUCACUCCAAGGACAUUUUGCAUCAUCACUCCGUGUCUAGUACUCACAGCAUGGAACAUACACGUGAGAGUCACAAAACCUAUGGCCAAAGCCCGAGUUCUGAGGCCAGUUACCGCAAGAUCAAAUGUACGUAGAAAGUAUUCUCCGAACACCAAAGGACUCAGAAUACAAAAGCCAAAUGCCACCGAGUAUACCAGGAAGAUCACCGUCAUCAACAUACGAGGCUUGUUGAAGAUCAACUCCAAGAACACCUUUGUACCGCCACUUCUGGGAAUCAAAGACCCGAGUUCCAAAUAGAUGUAUAAUCCACAGAUCGCAACAGUAUAGGAAAUAGCCCAAGCAAGGGCAAACAUGAGAGGGGACCGGCCACAACUCUCGAAUAUCACCGAUCCAGUAGCAAAGAUUCCUGAGCCAACAACCCGUGAUAUGUAUAAUACCAUAACGGAGUAAAUGCCCAAAUGCCUUCCUUGAGGGCUCUCUUCUAGCUCACCAAAAAUGUGGGACUGAGGCCCGGUAAGGAGUGAUUCUUCAUCGGUUGAAACCGCACUAGACCCAAGGAGAAAGGUAUGACUGUCAUGAGAUUCCAACUCGAGACCUAGUUCUCUUUCCACAAUGGUGGAAUCAAGUUUCUUAUAUGUUGGAUCAGACAUAUAUUGAUUCAGAACCUCC